GUACACCCAUCCUUGGGCAAGGACCCAGAGACCUCUGGUGCUGAGCCCAGAGGCUGAAGUGCUGCAGAAGAACUAGAGAAGGACGGAGCAAAGCCAUGAUAUUUCCAUGGAAAUGUCAGAGUGCUCAGAGGGGCUUAUGGAAUGUUUUUGAGCUGUGGGCCUGCACUGUGCUCUGUUGUGAUUUCUUCGCACAUCAUGGAACCGAUUGCUGGACUUACCAUUAUUCUAAGAGACCCAUGACCUGGGAGAAGGCUAGAAUGUUCUGCAGAAAAAAUUACACGGAUUUAGUUGCCAUACAAAACAAGGGGGAGAUUGAGUACCUGAACAAGACGCUUCCCUUCAGUCCUAAAUACUACUGGAUAGGAAUCCGGAAGGUAGGAGGGGCAUGGACUUGGGUAGGGACCAACAAAUCUCUCACCGAAGAAGCGGAGAACUGGGGCGACGGGGAGCCCAAUAACAAGAAGAGUAAAGAAGACUGUGUGGAGAUCUACAUCAAGAGGGAAAAAGACGCAGGGAAAUGGAAUGACGACGCCUGCCACAAAGCAAAGACAGCCCUCUGCUACACAGCUUCUUGUCAACCCUGGUCAUGCAGCAGCCAUGGACAAUGUAUGGAAAUCAUCAAUAAUUACACCUGCAACUGUGACUUGGGGUACUAUGGGCCCCAGUGUCAGUUCGUGACUCAGUGUGAGCCUUUGGAGGCCCCAGAGCUGGGUGCCAUGGACUGUAUUCACCCUUUGAGAAACUUCAGCUUCACAUCACAGUGUGCCUUCAACUGCUUUGAGGGAACAGACAUAGUUGGGAUUGAAGAAACCACUUGUGGACCAUUUGGAAACUGGUCAUCUCCAAAGCCAACAUGUCGAGAAGUGGACAGGAAUUUCUCAAUAAUCAAGGAGAGUGACUAUAACCCCCUCUUCAUUCCGGUGGCAGUCAUGGUUACCACAUUCUCUGGGUUGGCAUUUAUCAUUUGGCUGGCAAGGAGAUUAAAAAAAGGCAAAAAGUCUCGGAGAAGCAUGGAUGAGCCGUAUUAAACGACCUGCUGUGAAAGAAAAUUCUUGGGAAACUGAAGUGUCCCUGGAUCCUUCAAAUCCCCCUCCAUGCAAAGUUUUGCCUGGUGGCAUCUUCUACACUGAAGAUGAAGUGUGUCUAUUUCAGUGCAUCUGAAAAGUUUUCAAUACGACCAGCUGCUCCUUCUGUUUCCAUUUUGCCCCAUCACCCCUACCCCCACAAGUUUCCCCCCAAGUGCGCAGUUGUGGGUUUUAUAGCUCAGUAUUUUAUUAUUUUUUCCAUGGACAAACAAGACCAUGGGGAAAGGAUUACUGUGGAACAUAAAUAUGCCAAUUUCACUCUUUCUCGACUCUGGCUUCCAGCUUCAAUUCUGAGCUGUACCUGAUGACAUAUCCUUUGAAAUAUAGCGAAAAUUUGAUACAUAUGCAACUACAGGCUCAGUUUUGUUACAGAUCACAUUUUACCUCCCCAGCCCUCCAGUGUACAGUGGAGACCUAUUCCUAUAGAAAGUUUAUAAAAUUGAUGUUACCCUUGCUUUCCAGCUCCAGCAGAGUAAUGGGGAUCUGCUCCAACUAGGAAAAGUCCUAUUUGCACUGCAGCCCCAGCUUCUAUAAAUGGAGGCCAUCCUAUUUCACUGCCUCCAGGCUCCUGCCUUCUUCAGCCAUCUCCCCUUCUCAGUUGCCUGACUUCCACACGGAGCAGCUCAUGACCACCAAGCAAAAUGAGAGAUGAGAAAGAUAGCCUGCACUGUUGGGUUGUUUUUUUUUUUUCUGGAUUUGGGUUUUAAUGUCUCGUUUUUGUUAUUGGGGGUCCUUCCUCACCCCCAAAUCCUCUUACGUAUCCACCUAGAUUCUAUCUACUCUUUAUGAUUCACCUCGGGCAUCCCCCACCCUUACCACUGUUUUCAUAACAAGUCCUUAAUUAGUCCAACCUGUGACAAACUCCCCUUCCUGGCCUCCUACUGCGAGGUUAGUCAGUAACAUGCAAUCUU